AUGCUUCUUCCGUCGGCGCUCUCGUGCGACUCGGCGCAGACGCCGCACGCGCGCCUCCAGUCGGCGCUCCUGGCCUCGCCGCCCGCCAGCCCACCGACAGUCUCGUCGCAAACCGCCCUCGGCAACAUCAUGACCACCUGCCGCUCUCUCCAGUCCCUCCUCGCGUCGCCGCCACCGACGGACUCAGCGCCGCCACCGACGGACUCAGCGCCGCCACCGACGGACUCAGCGCCGCCACCGACGGACUCAGCGCCGCCACCGACGGACUCAGCGCCGCCACCGACGGACUCAGCGCCGCCACCGUCACUGGCGUCGCUGCCCACGCCGCCGCUCGCCCAUGCGCCGCCUCCCAUGAAGCUGCGCCUACGCGCGCGCCCGGCCCUGACGAGGAGCGACGACGACCCGAAUGCCAAUACCAGCGCCAUCGCCGCGCGCAGGCGCGUUGUCAAGCGCAGCGCACCACCCAGGGGCGUCAACAAGCGCCGUCGCGCCGACGACGACGACAUGGGCCGUCACGACCUUAGCUCCGAUGACGACGACGACGGCGCCAUGGUGUCCUCUUCGUUGCAAGAUCGCGACAACGGUGACGACGACAACGACGACGACCAGCCUGCACCCCCGUCGACGCCCAAGCGGGCGCGCAUUGCGCCAGAGCAGCUGCCGCUCGGCCUCGAGCGGUCCGACUUCCACAACGUGCACCUGCUCAACGUGGGCGUUGGCGGCGACGCGACAGCGCACGAGGCGCCGGGCACAGAGCUGGAGCGCGAGGCCGACGGCGAGGAGUGGAGCGCCGAGGACGACCGCGUGCUCGUCGAGCUCGUCCUUGAGAAGCUGAAGCUGUCCAAGACGGAGUGGCAGGACUGCGCGCGCAGCCUGGGCCGGGACCGCGGCGCCGUGGGCCGCCGCUGGAAGAGCCUCAUGAUGAAGGGCGAGGUCGGCCUCAAGACGAGGGGCAGUCGCCGGGCCAAGCUGCACGGCACCUGGCGGUAG